AAAACUGGAAAAACACGCACGCCUCCCCUCCCUCCCAUCUCCUCCAUGCUCUCUCGUCUCUACCCAAUCCUCCGCCAUAACCUCUCUACAGAAGCGCGUGAAAUGACACGCGCCUCUCUCUACCACCACGCCCGUCUCCUCCAUCCUCAAUUCCUACGUCCUUCUCCGAGAAUCACCCUCGUAACCGCACCGAAUCGUCUCAAUGUCACUUCCUCACUAUCCUCCUCCCCGAACUUCCCUUCCACACUCCACCGGAGGUUCCACGCCCUACGCAAUCUCGUCGGAGGAGAAUGGAAGCUUCCAAAGCCGGCAGGUCGCGUCUUCGCGGAGAGGAGAGAGUACAGGAAGAUGAGGAAGAGAGCUCCUAAGAGGAAACAAGAACUCGAGCUUAGCGUUAGUAUCUGCAUCGAAGAGAAUCUUCCCGAUGAUAACGAGAUUCAGAAUAUUGCGGAGAUGCUUCGUCUCAAUGUUCCAAUGGCAAUGAAGCUGGCGUUCAACGGUUUGAAAGAUUCCAAGUAUAAAACGAGAGAGACUGAUAUAGAAGACGUUGGUGGAUUUGAAACCGUUGAGUUAUCUGUGAUGCUUUGCAACGAUGAGUUUAUCUGUAAAUUGAACAAAGAGUGGAGAGGGGAAGAUCAUCCUACUGAUGUGCUUUCCAUGUCACAGCAUGUCCCUGAACUUAAGCUUCCUGUUCUUAUGAUGGGAGAUAUCGUCAUUUCUGUUGAGACUGCUGCAAGGCAGGCUGCUGAGAGAGGUCACUCUCUUCUUGAUGAGAUUCGCAUUCUUGUGAUACAUGGGAUGUUACACCUACUGGGGUUUGAUCAUGAGAUCAGCGACGAGGCUGAGAAAGAAAUGGAGGAAGAAGAGGAGUUGCUGCUAAAGAGCCUUGGGUGGAAAGGGAAAGGACUCAUUCAGAGUGCUUAUGACAUUGAGAAAACAGCUAAACCUCACCUGGAGAAAGCAGAUGACAGGAAGAAAGGGGACGGCCUAAGAUUCUACAGACCCAAGUUCUCCUAUAUUUUCUGUGAUAUGGAUGGCACACUGCUUAACAGCAAAAGUCAGAUUUCAGAAGCUAAUGCGAAAGCUUUAAAAGAAGCCACAUUGAGAGGACUUAAAGUCGUGAUAGCUACGGGGAAGUCCCGCCCAGGUGCGAUGAAAAUCUUGAAAAUGGCUGAUCUAGCUGGACGCGAUGGCAUUGUUUCAGAGUCCUCUCCAGGCGUAUUUGUUCAGGGAUUACUUGUUUAUGGUAGGCAGGGGAAAGAAGUGUAUAGAGGAAAUUUGGACCGAGAUGUCUGCAGAGAGACGUGUCUUUAUUCUCUGGAGCAUGGGAUUCCUCUCAUUGCAUUUAGCCAGGAUCGCUGCUUGACAUUGUUUGACCAUCCUCUUGUCGACUCUCUUCACACAACUUACAAUGAACCAAAGGCCGAGAUCAUAUCGUCGGUUGAUCAAUUUAUAGCUGAAGCUGACAUUCAGAAAGUGAUAUUUAUGGACACCACCGAGGGGGUCUCAUCUGUUAUCCGUCCGUAUUGGUCAGAAGCAACGGGAGACCGUGCCAGUGUCGUUCAAGCUCAAUCAGACAUGUUAGAAAUCGUCCCACCCGGAACCUCCAAAGGCAACGGUGUAAAAAUGCUACUCAAUCAUUUGGGCGUUUCACCGAAUGAGAUAAUGGCGAUAGGGGACGGGGAAAACGACAUAGAGAUGCUGGAACUAGCGUCGUGGGGAGUCGCUAUGAGCAACGGUGCAGAAAAGACAAAGGCCGUGGCUGAUGUGAUCGGUGUGAGCAAUGACGAAGACGGUGUUGCUGAUGCCAUUUACCGAUACGCCUUCUGAGUCAACGCUACCACAAUUUCACAACUCGACUCCAGCUUUACAACAAGAUAUGCCAUUGUUGAGGUUAAGUAGACAUUAUUCUUCUUAGAGAUAAAAGAAAACAUUUGUUCAAUUCUUAUAUCAUCCACCUUUUGAAGGAAAAUGAUUUAUGGCAGACUUGUUAGAUCAAGCAACUUAUUAAAUC